AUCAUAGGGCCAGGGCGUGUAAAAAAUUAAAAACAAAAUUAAAAAUUAAUUUUUUAAGGAAGAAAAAAAGAGGCUAAACAAAAGAAGAAACCCAUCGGACGCUCAGAGCCGCGGAGAAUGGAGAAAUGAACUAAUUCUUAUUACCAAUAUCAAUGGAGGCGAAGAACAUGGCGGAGGCCGCGGAAGAGAACGAUGGAAGCAACAGCAAGGAAGAGCAAGAGGAGGCCUUGGUGGCUCUGAUCGAUCAUCGUUGCCGUGAAGUCCAACAUCUGAAGCAGCGCAUCUCCUACUACACUUCACAGCUUGAAGAAGCAGAGAAGAGAUUAAACGAUUCAGAAUCUAAAUUGGCCCGGCUUCGACGCCAAAACAAUGUGGUGUCAUCAAAAGAGUCUCUGAAAAGUAGAGCGGUAAGUGUGAAAGUGGAGCAAACGUCAAGUAUUCCUGUCCCUGUGAAUGAAGGUAGCAAGCCCCAGUCGUUGUCGAAACCAGAGCUUGUAAUUCCCGCUGUGGCUCCAAUGAUUUCCCAGAAUAGUAAAUUGGCCGGGAAUGGAGUAAAGAGUUCAAAUAGCUACAGGGUUCAAUCCAGUCCUUCUCAUUCUAAGAAUGUAAUUAAAGUUGAACAGGACAAAACUAUUGGCAACUCUUCUCUUCGAGAAACUUCGAACAGUCUUGAAAGAGGGACAAAACGGAAGCUUGAGCAGCAGGACAAGGAACAUAAAGAGUUGGUCUCAUUAAUACGAAGCAGUGCAUCACCCUCUCUAAUCCGUUGCUUUGGGAGCAAUCACAUCUCCAGUCAGCAUAAGAGAAAGUUGAGGAGUCUCAUCUCAUGCCCAGUUAAUGAACAGCUAUUUGUGACCAGUGCCCUGGAUGGAGUAGUCAGCUUGUGGCAGUUACAUUCCAAAGGGUCUGGUGCCUCUCUACUUAGUUCUGCUGACUGUGUAUCUCCAAAGCAGAGGAGAUGGCCGGAAGAUAUAGCCUGGCAUCCAGAGGGCAAUCGUUUAUUUCUUGUUUACAGUGCUGAUGGUGGGGACUUACAGGUGUCAAUUAUGAAUCUGAACAAAAGUGAAGGGAAAGCACGUGUUACUUUCCUUGAGGAUAAGCCCCACGUAAAGGGCAUCAUCAACAGCAUAAUUUUCUUGCCUUGGGAUAAUUCAUCAUUUGUCACUGGUGGUAGCGAUCAUGCUGUCAUACAAUGGAAAGAGAAAGAUGGAGAGAACACAUGGAAGCCAAAGGCAUUGCACAGGAAUCUGCACUCUUCAGCAGUCAUGGGAGUUGCAGGGAUGCAACAGAAACCCAUCGUUCUUUCAGCAGGGGCAGACAAGAGAAUUCUUGGGUUUGACGUAAAUGUUGGAAGAACAGAGUACAGGCAUCAGAUAGAAAGUAAAUGCAUGAGUAUAUUGCCUAAUCCGUGUGAUUUUAACCUAUUUAUGGUUCAAACAGGAACUCCAGAAAAGCAGCUUCGGUUAUAUGAUAUCAGACUUAGGCAGACAGAACUACAUGCCUUCGGGUGGAAGCAGGAAAGCAGUGAAUCCCAGUCAGCAUUGAUAAAUCAGGCUUGGUCCCCUGAUGGUUUGUAUUUGACAUCUGGCUCUGCAGAUCCUGUGAUCCAUCUGUUUGACAUCAGGUACAAUUUGCACAAGCCUUCCCAGUCUAUAAAAGCUCAUCAGAAACGAGUCUUCAAGGCAGUAUGGCUCCAAUCUCUCCCGCUUCUUAUUUCCAUAUCUUCUGAUCUGAACAUUGGAUUGCACAAAACAGCAUGAAGUUCCCAUCCACAAUGUUCUUAUUUGCCCAUUGGACUUGUCUAGCCCCCCCCUUUUUUUUGUUUUUUGAAGGGAAUAAAUUUUUGUUCAAAGAUGAGAAAAUGAGUGCCAUCCACUGAAGAAGAAUGUUAUUUUUGGGUAGUAAGAAGCGAUAUUGCAAUGCUCAGUUAGUUGUCUUAGACGUUCCAAACGUGUAGUGCCUAUUUUGAACAUUGACAACCUGCUCGUGAAUUGUUGUCAUCUUUGUAAUAUCAAACAAGCAUUCUUAAGCAACGGAAAGUGGAAUGCCAAUGCUUUCAUAUCAUUGCAUAUGUUUGCAUUGACAUAUAUUUUACUGUUUUAAA